AAUACGACUUAAGUACUUGAAUGUGUGGUCGUGUGGUUACUUUCACAUACUAGCUGGAUAUCAUAUGCUGAUAGAGACCGAGAGCUUACUGGUUACGUCGGGGCGCGACAGAGCUGAUAUAAAAGUCGCCAAUCAAUCUUUACGAGCUUUGGAAAAUAUACAAUCGUAAUACUACCGGACAGGAUCUUGGAUCGGAGUGCUACAAUUACUCCACUACCAUAAUUUUAAUCAUAGGCUAUUACAUUAGUUGUAGUCUUGCCUCCCAAUUUGUCUCCCGAGCGACGAGGUAAUAUCGUACAGCAGCAGCAGCACAUGCAGGGAUGAAUUCCCGAGAACAGCAGCUAGCCGAUUAUGAUUACAUGCUGAAGUUCGUUGCGCUAGGGGAUAGCGGAGUCGGCAAGACAAGUAUUCUCCUGAGAUUCACGGAUGAAACGUUCGAGUCGAGGUUCGGUGCCACCGUCGGUAUAGACUUCAAGGAGAAGAGGGUGAGCCGUGAUCGGAAACGCUUUAGUAUUCAGUUCUGGGACACAGCCGGACAAGAGAGGUUCCGUGGCGUGGCGACGGCGCUUUUCCGCAGUGCAAUGGGCUUCCUGCUGGUGUUCGACUUGACGAACAAGCAGUCGUUCGUGAACCUGCGCGACUGGCUGGAGCAGAUCAAGACGCACUCGUACACGCAGACGCCGCACAUUGUCAUUGUGGGCAACAAGCUAGACCUGGCGGCCAGGAGAACGGUGACGACGGCCGAGGCUGAGGAGAUGGCCGGUAAGCUGAACCUUCCCUACAUCGAGUGUAGCGCGUGCACAGGCAAGAAUGUGGAGCUGGCUGUGCACAAACUACUCGACAUCGUCAUGAAGACUAUCGAGACAACGGUGCCGACGCCAGGCGACAGUCAUCUUUGUCAGUUGAUACCGACUCCGGACCCGGAGAUCAGCCUGGAUCCGGAGGAGGUGAACACCGACCAGGACAGCUGUGCGUGCUGACAUGCGCCGGACCUAGUGAAUGGCAUGGCCGGUUACGAACACUCAGCCGCUCUCCAGCAACCAGCCAAAAUGCUAACUAACACUAGACAAAUUGGGGAGUUUUCCAAAGAUGAGACUGAGACCGGUCAGUCGGGUCUCAUACGAUAUGGAAAGACAUGACGGCGUGUUUGAGUGCUCGCCAUACACUACAAACCGUGUGUUCUCGUCAGAUCAGCUUUUUAUAUAAUAGUUCUAUACUGUUGUGCGCAGUACAUGACCGCAGCCGUGUUUCCAGCGGCAGGCACUUUCCUGAUGGAUUCCUCAAGCGACCAGAGUCUGCUUAACACUACGAGUACAACUUCACUCUACUUUUAACACUUUGAACCCGACUCCAUUCGCCCCAAAAACUCCAAAUUUUUAUCUUUUUACUGAACUAUUGAUUUUCACUACUGCUUCGCAUUCCAUGAAAAGACUAAUUUUUUAAAUAAUUACUAUGUGGUUGGUUCGCGUGAAAAUAUUUCAAAUAGUAUACUACAUCUGAUCCUGUUUUGAACACUAGGAGUGUAUGAGCUGUUUUAUUUGUUCCAAUUAAUUCAUAUGCGUGUAGUCCUGUCAUUGCUGGCACCAGAUGUGACUUUUCAAGUUAGACAGAAGACACUCAUCACAUCUCAGCAGCCAGUAAUACAAUACCUGGUAUGAAGAGUACUCAAUCUAGAGAAAUAUGCUUAUCUUCUCUUGA